AUGACGGCAAACUAUGGCAGGCGUUUCGCUAGAUCGAAGAAGACGACCAGCGCCGAUGGACGGAUACAAAAGAAAACGAAGAAGGAGAGGGCCAAGGUCAUUUCGAACAGAGGGCUCAUCAAUCAGCUGGGGAACGCGAUACUGGCAGAUUCUACGAGUGAAGAUGACAGCGAGGUUGAGCAGCAGCCCGAAGAGCCUUCGGAAGAAGCACGACCCAUCAUACCCGAUCCCGACACCGAAGGCCUGAGUCCAGAGGAGGCGCUUCGAAAACAACUGCGUCAGCAACAGCUCCAGGCCGAGAGUGAUGAAAAAUGGCGUACGCGGAAACGACGACGUCGAACUCGCGGCUGGGCAGGACUACCAGCUGAUGCGCCUGGCGAGCCUCCUCGAUUUCCGUCUGAAACGACAAUCGACGAAGCCAAGGCGUAUCUUGGCCUAGACAAUGACAUGUACCGCCAAGUACGUGAGUGUUUUCUUGAACUGUGCAAGGCACAAGAGGUCGUCAAGAAGACGGUUGCUGGACCGGAGAAGUGGGCGCAGAUAGUACAGCAGCUGAUCAAAGAGAAUGCACAUUUGGCAGAAGUCUUUGAGCAGGAGCCCGAAGUUCUGCAAAGUCACGAUGCGUUGUUUCGGCCAAAAGGCCAGCGGGCACUGUCAAUAGAUGUGAUAUGCAUGGAUGUCACGAAGCGGCUACGGACCAUGGAUACACGCAUGACUUUGGCGGAUGCGAAGAAUCUCCUCGGACUGAAUCCCGAGCAGACAAGACAUGUACGAAGCGCCUUUGCCGAGAAGCUGAGGACAGAUCACUUCACCAACAAACACGAGGCGGGCGAAGCACACUGGACAGAGUUGAAGCAGGCUUGGGUCAAUGAGUCUGAGUAUCUCGUCAGGGCGCUUGCACAAGGCGAAGACCAUCCGGACUAUGCGCAGAAGCUGAAAGCCCUCGAAGUAUUGGCUCGAGAUGUGAUGAAGAGGAAACAACAGGAGAGGACAUCCAAAGAUCCCAGCAAGAAGCGACAGAUUCAUCAAGGACCAGGCCCAGGUCCCGCGCCGCCUGUUGUCGCUCCACAUCCAACAAUACUCGGCAACAAGAGAAGACCGCACACAAGUCUCAGCCGUGAAGAACUCCCGGAAACAACCUACACAGCCGCGCCUUCACUAAAGAAAAGGUAA